ACCACACCGUCAACAUAAUCGCAACGCUCUCCAGCCUCCAACCCGAGGUAUCAACCUGAAUCAGCAACAUCGUAGCCAGCAUUUGUCUCCGUCUUUGCAAAACCAGCGAGUUGCAAACAUCAUCCAGGCUACAGGGCACCAAAUCAAUUCUUCGGCUUUCACCAAUCGGUACAGCUCUUCUCAGAACUCGCAUCCGCAACAGUUCUACGCUUCCUCAGCACCUUCUUCAGCUUCAAUCCUGAACACCCAGAACCGCGCACAGCAGGCAACAAGAUGUUCUCAGAACUGGACCUGCUGGAUUUCGCCACCUUUGACGGUGGAGCUACCACCGAGGCGGCGUUCGCUUCGCCUGCCAACCAGACAUACGAUCUUUCGAGCAGCGUCCCUAGCUCCGUCUCCAACAUGGGCACUGUCUCGCCUCAAGAGCUUCUGCUCCAUGAGCCGUAUCUAUCUGCACCUAGCUCCACUGCUCUUACGGCUUUGACUUCGCCUUCGCUCUUCGACGGUUCGCCGGAUUUCGAUACCUUCGACAUCUCUCCUAGUUUUGGACAUAGUGACCUGGAAAACCCAGACACGUGGUUCUCACUGUUCCCUGAUGCCAACCCGCUACCUCAGGCUCAGGUUCAGACCCAGCCUCAGACCCAGACUCAGACUGAGCAGCAAACACAACCGCUGCCUGAGUUGAUUCAACCUGUGCAGCCGACCGUUCAGCCGACCGUUGAGCAAACAGUUCACUCUGUUGAAGCUUCACCUGCUACCCCAUCUGAGGAUCUGGAGGUUCUGUCUCCGGGCUCUGGUCAUCAGAGGAGGAAGUCGUCUGUCAGCCCUCCCAGCGGUCGUCACUCGUCGGUCGCUGGUGUUGGCUCUCGCCGUCGCGACAAGCCUUUGCCCCCCAUUAUUGUUGAGGAUCCUUCCGAUGUCGUUGCCAUGAAGCGCGCCCGCAACACUUUGGCUGCUCGCAAGUCUCGUGAGCGCAAGGCUCAGCGCUUGGAGGAGUUGGAAGCUAAGAUCGAGGAACUGAUCGCAGAGCGCGACCGUUGGAAGAACUUGGCUCUGGCCCACGGUGCGUCUACGGAGUAAACCGAACCUUUCGGCUCCUUGAACAAAAAAAAAUAUCCCUCGAUGACGGGCAUCGAGGAGGGGUUUCAUUGUUUUUUUGUGAAAUUCUUAUCUCUCUUCUUCUUUUUCUGGUUAUCAUUGAUUAUUGAGUGUCGCUUGAUCUAUAGAUCGCGCCUUGGGAUAUUUCUGGUUUCGGAGUUGUCAGAUACCUUUCCUAGCUGUUACAUCCAGCGGAAACCAAAUCAAAAGUUUUCAGUGUUUUUAAACCAUGUUAUCACAAAGUGCCUUGUGUGACCGCUCCGAGUUUGUGAUUUCCAAUGUCUUCGUCGUGAUGUCCCUUGGCCCCUAUGUCAA